AUGUUGAUUUCUAAGUUGAGGUAUGUUGUUGUCUCUCUUUUCAUUCCCAAUUUUCAACUUUCAAACCCUAAUUUCGUUACAAGGAGGCUGUACUCUCGAUUACACGACGAAGAAGACGAACGCAGUCUCGUUUCUUCAUUCAAUCGAUUGCUCCAUCAGAAUCCUACGCCAUCCAUCUUCCAAUUUGGUAAGAUUUUAGGUUCCCUUGUCAAGGCCAACCAUUACUUCACUGCUCUUUCACUUCAUCGAAAAUUGGUAUUAACGGAUAUUCCUUCUGACUUAGUCACCUUCAACAUCUUGAUCAAUUGCUUUUCUCAAUUGGGUCUCAAUUCUCUUUCAUUUUCUGUAUUUGCCAACAUUCUCAAAAUGGGUUAUCACCCAAAUGUCAUAACUUUUGCUACAAUCAUCAAGGGUCUCUGUCUCAAAGGUCAACUCCAUCAAGCAUUGUACUUUCAUGACAAGCUCAUAGCCCUAGGAUUUCAGCUGGACCUAGUUUGUUAUGGGAUGCUUAUCAAUGGAUUGUGUAAAGUUGGAGAAACAAGAGCAGCCCUACAGUUGCUCAGACGAGUUGAUGGGAAAUUGGUUCAGCCUGAUGUGGUAAUAUAUAGCACGCUUAUUGAUAGUAUGUGCAAGAAUAAACUUGUUAAUGAUGCUUUGCAUUUAUAUUUUGAAAUGCUUGCUAAGAGAAUUUCUCCUGAUAUUGUCACUUACACUGCUUUAAUUAGUGGAUUUUGCAUUGUUGGUAAAUUGAAAGAGGCAAUUGCUUUGUUUAAUAGCAUGAUAUUGGAAAACAUCAACCCCAAUGUUUAUACCUUUAGUAUAUUGGUUGAUGCAUUUUGUAAGGAAGGAAAAGUGAAAGAAGCAAAAAAUGUGUUUGCUAUGAUGAUGAAAAAAGACAUAAAACCUAACAUUGUUACUUAUAACUCUUUAAUGGAUGGAUAUUGCCUAGUGAAAGAAGUGAAUAAGGCCAUGGAUAUAUUCAACACUAUGACCCAAAGAGGAGUGAGUACAAAUGUUUGGAGCUACACUAUCAUGAUCAAUGGAUUGUGUAAGAUUCAAAUGGUUGAUGAAGCUACGGAUCUCUUAAAACAAAUGCUUUGUAGAAAAAUUAUUCCCGAUACUAUAACUUAUAGUUCUCUUAUUGAUGGCUUAUGCAAAUCAGGCAGAAUCUCAUAUGCUAUGCAACUUGUCGAUGAGAUGUGUGAUAGAGGGCAACUACCUAAUAUAGUUACCUACAAUUCUAUAUUGGAUUGUUUAUGCAAAAACCAUCAUCUUGACAAGGCAAUUGCAUUAUUAACAAAACUUAAGGAAAUUGGUAUUCAACUAGAUAUGUUCACAUAUACUAUUCUUAUUGAAGGAUUGUGUAAAAGUGGAAGACUUAAGGAUGCUCGAAAGAUAUUUGAAGAUCUUUCAGUGAAAGGCUACAAUCUAGAUGUUCGUAUAUAUACGGUUAUGAUCAAGGGCUUUUGUAACCACGGGUUGUUCGAUGAGGCAUUGGCCAUGCUGUCAAAAAUGAAAGACACUGGUUGCAUUCCGGAUGCUAAAACUUAUGAAACAAUUAUUCUUUCUCUCUUUGAAAAAGAUGAAAACGAUAAAGCAGAGAAACUUCUUCGUGAAAUGAUUGAGAGAGGUCUACUAUAA